UAGCACGAUGUAUAAGCUUUCCUGGAACGAACCGUAUAAUGAUCAUUGUGAGUCGUGACCCUGGGAUUUAUAUACUGAGGAGAUGCCUCCGAAGGCCUGAUCCUGUCGAGAUGUCGAAGUUAAAACGACGUCGAGGUCAACAUCGGUUCCGGACAAUCCAAGCCUUGGAGGGCUUGAGGGAACAUAUCUCUGAGCAUGAGAAUUCAGAUCCCAACGCCUUGGAACUUUGGAUGUUCGACAGUUUGGAGGGUGAUAUCCAAUCAUUGGAGACCCGUAUCGAGGCAUAUUCGGAAGCUCAUCUAGAGGUUCUGGUCCAUCAUGAGGUCCAUGGAAGAAAGGACGUGGACGAGGAUGAGUCUCAAAUUCGUGAUAUGCAGUCGGGUCUGCUCACGAUUGAGCGUAAGCACAUUCCGGAUCAAUACAUCCUUGAGGCCUGCCACAUUGACCAUGGACAUUACAUUGGCAAAUUUUCAAGUGUGGCAACGGAUGUUCCAGGAUUUUUAUUCGUCAAAUCAGAUGGACCAAUUUCCGUUGGCUCAACAACGAGCGCAAUUGCGUGGUUGCAUGGAUGUGGCUCUAAUCCAGACCCUUUUCCAGUAUUUGGACAUCACAGAAGAUUCCGGUUGUUGUUUUUCCUGUUCUUAUAAACAUGUGUAAACAUCCGGUUACAAAUAUAUCCCAUGUGACUACGCAAAAAUCUCUUAUUGAUUAGAAUCGGACGAAAUCAACGGGUUAUGGGCUCCAG